AUGAUGUCUCAAAACAAUACCGAGGCUGCCACCAACACCAACACUACCAACACUACUAGUAGUACCAAUACUACCAGUAGUACUCGCCGGUCGCUUCGACGAUCAUCGCAAGAUCCGGAAAGCGGAGUGGCCCUGCCUACCCUGAUACGCAUGGGUUCUACCCACGAGGAUCCGGAACACCAAGACAACAGCCACCUUAACGAUAACGACAACGAUAACGAUAUCGAGUCCGAUUCCAACACUGGACACUCCGGUACUCUGUCAGUUCCACGAGUAUCGCCAGAAACGGAACCAUCUGCCGACUUGCCUAUCCUGCUACCCAUGACGUCUACCCAUGAGGAAUCGAAGCACCAAGACAGCAGCAAUAGUGGCAGCAGCGAGGGCAGCUUUUCCAACUCCUCGGGUUCUCGUCUUUCCGUCUCCUUUGGGGACAUUAUCAUCCUCGGCGACCAAGCCAGAUCUACCGGUAUCGGGGAUUCCAGUCAAGUCUAUCAACACCGAUUCAUCCAGGGUGAUUUGGAAGAUUUGGAAGCGGGAAAGAUACCGGUAAUAAACGACGACGAACAAGACGACAAAGACCAAGAAGAAGGUCAAGACGAUCAAGACGAAGAUGCCUGCAAUGGAAUCAGAGAUGCCAUGUUGGAUGAAUCACACGCAACGCAAAAUCUAAGUUCUGCCACGGGGCAACCAGGCAGUGGUGGCGGCGGUGGUACUUCCUCUGGCUCUUCUCCGCCAGGAACUGCCCAAAUGGCAACAGCAGCAGGAAGUGCUGCAGGCGCAGCAGGAGCGGCUGGUGCAGCGGCAGCAGGGGCCGCAGCUGGAGCAGCAGGUGGCCUUGCAGGAUUAGCAGGUGUCAUUGCCGGGGCUGGAGCUGCAGCACAGGCAGGCAUAGCUGUUGGUGCAGCUACAGUGGCGGCAGCUGCAGCUGUUUCUGCAGGGGUAUCAGCGUCUAGAGAAGGAGAUAAUAGGGCUACAGGUGGUUCCGCCAGAAUGCUGGCAUUUCAGCCAAGUGGGAGGCACCUGGCAGACUUCCCUCUUGACCAAUUCUUUGCACUAUUUGCUGCCUCCAUUGGAUUCAAUAUGGAGGUUGUACUUGAAGGCAAUGGAUUGGAGCCAUUGGAUAUCACCAUCGUCACGGCAUAUCAAGAUCAGGUUCGUGUUGUGGCAGGAUCAACCAAGAGAAUCAACCCAGAUGGAACUUUUGAUGAAACUGCUGUGGUUACAGAAAUUGGACCAUCACAAGUUGAGGGAGCAUAUGGAACCAUAGUUGAAAACAAUGGAACUAUUGUGGCACCAUUUGCCAACAGUGGCUUGACAGCUAUUCAAGAGUGUGUUGAACCCGGCUCACAAAUGCUAGCCACCGACUUUUGUGCUGCUGUCAUAGAAAGAGCCAGCAAUGCUGGGGUCGAUGUCACUACUGUGUUGGAAUGUGUCAAGGAGCCAACAGCAUCGCUGGAAUGUCAAGCGACUCUUUCCAUGUUGCUUCAGGCAGCAACACCACCCUCAGAGUUGCAAUCAGAAGCUGCAAGCACUGGUCAGUCCUUUGAUGACAACCCUACUGGAUCCAUCGCUAGUGGAACUGAAGGCCUAGACUCAGCUUUGGGAAGCCAAAGCGUAGAGUUGGAUGACAACCCAACUGAUUCCAUCACAAGUGGAACUGAAGGCCUUGACUCAGCUUUGGGAAGCCAAAGCGUAGAGUUGGCGAAUCUUGACAAUACAGCUGAAAGUUCAGACCUUUCUGCAAGUCCAAUGGUGUCGCCGUCAUCCCCUGAUGGAUCCUUGAUUUCAAACGGGGCUGAUUCAUCCAUGCCAGAAGCCUUAGCCCCAGCUGGAACACAAGAGACCUCUCCAGCAACAACACCCAGCGGCGCUGAUUCUGCGGAGCAAGCAAACCCGGCUACCCCCCCAGAAGCAACUGGGGUAGCCACUGCCCCCUCGCCAAUUUCAGAUGACAUCAUGGUGGGAAGCACUCUCAGUUCUGGUUUGACGGGGCCCACCACGAUGCCUGAUGGUUCCAUAACCCUGAAGCCUAGUCUGGUUGCACCUACAGCACCUGGCACUGAAUCAAUCAACACAGCUACAUCACCUGAAUCCACAGCUGCUCCAAGUGCUUCAAGUCCAGGAUCCAUAUCUGCUUCAUCGACAAGUCCUAAACCAACGGAUUCAAUGGUCAUCACUGCACCAGUAAGCUUGACUCCAAGUGCUGUAUCAUCCAUGGAAGCACCGCCACCAGUGGAACCAGGAACGCCUACCCCACAGGCGACCUCAAUUGCACCUGCAGAGCUAUCCCCACAGCCUACAUCGACGCCUAGUACCUCCGGUACAAUGGAUUCAACAACUACUCCCAGCACGCCAAGAUUAGAAGGAUUGCCAGCCACUGCCAACCCAUCGGCAACUUUAUCUAGUGCAACAGAAUCGACCAACCCACCAUCAUCACUUGGAUCCAUGUCUGAACCAACGCUUGUGCCCACUGAUGAGCCAACCCGAACACCAACAGAAAGCCCAACAAAUAGGCCUACUGAUGAACCCACAAACAACCCAACUGCACUACCUACAAUGGAACCUACAGCAGAGCCCACAUUCAACCCAACUCCAGAGCCUACAAACAGCCCAACUCCAGAACCCACAAACAACCCAACUCCAGAACCCACCAGCACUGCUAACCCCACCACAACUCCCUUUGCUGAGCCAACCACUAUCCCCACAGUAGAACAAUCCCUGAACCCAAGCCAACAAUGCACAGAGCAAACUUCCACAACUUGGAACACUUUCUAUGUAUACUUCAACAGUGACAUAUCAGCCUUGUCCGAUGACACUCUCAUUGAUGCCUUUGAAAGUGGCUUUUCCACAGUGCACAAUGGUGCAUGUCCUCCAAUACUUACACUAGUAAGUGUAGAAAGCCGGACUCAGCGGAGAAAACUACAAACUAUCCAAUCUGUGCUGUUUGGCAUGAAUGCCACCCAUGUGAGUGGAACUGUAGUGUUGGAUGAAGCCACAGAUGCAUCUGCAUUCCUUGUGGGGUUUAAUGAUGCUCUCGCCAGCACCAGUACUGUCAGCGCCUCUGGGUUAGAAUCUUCUCUGACAAUCCCCUCAACAAGUCCCAGUGGAAACCCCACAACUGGAACACCAACAGUGACUCCUGAAAGCCCAUCACUCAUGCCCACCACUUCUCUUCCCACCGUGACUCCUGGCUCUCCCAGCACCGGUCCCUCAACGAACAGUCCCACAACUGGAAUACCAACAGUGAUUCCUGGUAGCCCCUCACUCAGGCCUACAACAGCCAGUCCACUUGGCCCCACAGUGACACCCGGAGCGCCCAGCGCCACUCCGACUACUGGAAGUCCCACAACUGGAACACCAACAGUGACCCCUGGAAGUCCCUCCACAACACCCACCACUGCUCUCCCACGGACCCCUGGUUCUCCCAGCACCAGUCCAACCACAGACAGUCCCACUACUGGGACACCAACAGUGACUCCUGGUAGCCCUCACUCAGGCCUACAACAGCCAGUCCACUUGGCCCCACGUGACACCCGGAGCGCCCAGCGCCACUCCGACUACUGGAAGUCCACAACUGGAACACCAACAACGACACCUGGAAGUCCAUCUGCUACACCCACAGCUUCUCUUCCCACCGUGACCCCUGGCUCUCCCAGCACCAGUCCCUCAACGAACAGUCCCACAACUGGAACACCAACAGUGACCCCUGGUAGCCCCUCCACAACACCCACCACUUCUCUUCCCACGGUCACCCCUGGUUCUCCCAGCACCAGUCCAACCACAGACAGUCCCACAACUGGGACGCCAACAGUGACCGCUGGUAGCCCCUCACUCUUGCCCACCACGUCGAGUCCCCUUGGUUCUGUCCCCACUGUGACACUCGGUUUUCCCAGCGCCAGUCCGACUACUGGAACUCCCACAACUGGAACACCAACAGUGACCCCUGGAAGUCCAUCUGCUACACCCACCGCUUCUCUUCCCACCGUAACUCCUGGCUCUCCCAGCACCAGUCCCUCACGAACAAUCCCACAACUGGAACACCAACAGUGA